AUGAAGUUCGGAGAGCAUUUAAGAAAGGCUCUCAUCAAGAAUUAUAGUUUCUACUACAUUGCAUACGAUGACUUGAAGCAUCAAUUGAAAAAACGCUUGAAAGACAACGACUAUGAGUGGACCAACGAGUUCGAGGAAGAGUUCUUGGCCUCGUUGGAGACCGAGUUGGACAAGGUGUACUCGUUCACCAAGGUGAAGAAUACAGAGGUCAACCGUCGUAUCAAGGAUGCCGAGAAGUACGUGUAUGAGGUGGUGGAUGCUUUACUGAACCCCAAUGUCGCUAACAAGCCGCUGGAGCAGGAUUUCGACGAGUUGGAGGAAGAGUUGUCUGAUAUCAUUGCUGAUGUCCAUGACUUGGCCAAGUUUACCAGAUUGAACUACACAGGUUUUCAAAAGAUUUUGAAGAAGCACGACAAAACAACCAAGUUCUCCUUGAAGCCUAUCUUCCAAGUCAGAUUGAAUGCUAAACCUUUCUACAAGGAUAACUACGACAAGUUGAUUGUCAAGUUGUCCAAAUUGUACGAUUUGGUCAGAACUAGAGGCAAUCCAGUGAAAGGAGAUUCAUCUGCUGGAGGUUCUCAACAGAAUUUCGUUAGACAGACCACUAAGUAUUGGGUGCACCCUGACAACAUCACCGAGUUGAAGUUGAUCAUCUUGAAGCACUUGCCAGUGUUGGUUUUCAAUGCCGAUAAGGAGUUCGAGGCCGAGGACUCGGCAAUUACCUCCAUUUACUUUGACAACAAGGAAAUGGACUUAUACUAUGGAAGAUUGAGAAAAGACGAAGGUGCUGAGGCCAUCCGUUUGAGAUGGUACGGUGGCAUGAAAUCAGACACUAUUUUUGUGGAGAGAAAGACUCACAGAGAGGACUGGACAGGUGAAAAGUCCGUCAAGGCCAGAUUCGCCUUGAAGGAGAAGAAGGUCAACAAUUUCUUAUCUGGUGAGUUCACUGCCACUCAAGCCUUUGAGAAGAUGAGAAAGGAUGGCAAGAAGCUGCCACAAGAAAUUGAUAAUUUAGAGUCCUUGGCCAAGGAAGUCCAGUAUGCUAUUCUCAAACACAAGUACCGUCCUGUGAUGAGAUCGUUCUACAACAGAACUGCUUUCCAGUUGCCUGGUGAUGCCAGAGUGCGUAUUUCUUUGGACACUGAAUUGUCUAUGAUCAGAGAAGACAACUUUGAUGGCUACGAUAGAACUAACGGUAAUUGGAGAAGAAUGGAUAUUGGUGUGGACUUCCCAUUUUCCCAAUUGCCAGAGAAGGAUAUUUGCAGAUUUCCAUACGCUGUUUUGGAAGUCAAGUUGCAGACUCAAUUGGGCCAGGAGCCACCAGUGUGGGUUAGAGACUUGGUCACUAGUCACUUGGUUGAGGCUGUCCCUAAGUACUCCAAGUUUAUCCACGGAGGUGCCACUCUUUUGACCGACAGAGUUAAUUUGUUACCUUUCUGGUACCCCCAGAUGGAUGUGGAUAUCAGAAAACCAAAGGUGGAACAGGGUUAUGGUAUUUCCAGACAACAACACAAGGCGAAGUCUUCCUCAUCUGGUGGAGAGUUGGAUGAGGAGGAAAUGUUACUGGAGGAAUUCAGCAGAUAUUCCUCAGUUCAUUUUUCCAAUGACAUCAACCCUUUGGAGGAAGAUUUGGACGAAAGUUCACCAUUGUUGUUGCCAUCCAAUUACGGAUCCAGAACGGGCAACUCUCCAGUGUCCACUUAUUUCUUGCAUUUGUACGGGAAAUUCUUGCACUUCUUCAACGAUGACCGUACUUUUACCAUUAAGCCGGGAACUAACUAUGACUUGAACGCAACUUUUGCCUCAAAGCUUCCAAAGAACAAAACCAUUUGCACACCAGUGAGAAUUGAGCCCAAGGUUUACCUUGCUGCUGAGCGUACCUUCUUGAGUUGGUUGUCAAUUGGAAUGAUUCUUGGUGCCACCGCUACUACCUUGCUUAACUAUGGUAACAAAUCUGCGUUGGUAGCUUCCAUUGGUUUCUUUAUUUCUGCAUUGUUUACUAUGGCUUACUCCGUGUACAAGUACAUCAGAAGAACUCUCGCUAUUAGAGAGAGAAAGACUACCGAAUACGCGGACAAGUUUGGUCCAAACAUGAUUUGUGUUUUGAUUGCUGCUUCGACGUUUGCAACAUUUUUGUUCAAGUUCAUUGAAAAUUAA